UUUCUUAUUCUCUCUCUCUCCUGCUGCCUCCCAUCAUUUUAGAGAUGUCGGAGUUUUGACCCUUUUCUGCUCUGCACAUAAUUGCUUCAAUUCUUUUCGAAUUUCGUCACUUCAUCGGAGAAGUCGAAUACCAGAUCGGAUUUGCAGCUCCAGUGUCCCAAAAGGCUUAUUUGGUGAUUUGUUUCGGGGCAUGUAAAUAGUGAAUAGCUUGUUUUGGUAUUGGGGUUCUGCGGGAAACCGGUUACAGAAUUCAAGUUUCUGCAAUUAUGCACUUGGGUUUGAUUUCUUGAUGGUCUUGGCAUAUGGGUUUUGUGGAUGGUGGGUUGAAACGGUUUCUUUGAUCGAUAAGGAUUGAUUUGGUGAUUGGAGGAGCAGCAAUGUAAGAAAGAUUGGUUUGGUAUCUGAACUCUGAAGUUGGAGAAGGUUUAUAGUAGAAGAGGUUUGAUGGAGAUAUCAUUGAUAAAAGCUCUCCUCAACAGUAUCUCUCGGUUCAGUCAGUUAUCUUCUUGUGACAACAUAAACUCUGAACUGGUUCAGAAGUAUUACCAAAAGUUGGAUGAGCUAUUGAAGCUGUUGAGGCCAUUGCUUGAUGCAAUAAUUGAUUCUGAAGUAGCUUCAAAUGAACAACUGCAAAAUGAAUUUGAAGCGUUGGAUGGGUUUGUUGAUGAAGCUAGGGAGCUUGUUGAAAGCUGGCAUCCAAUGACGAGUAAAGUUUAUUUUGUGUUGCAAAUUGAAUUAUUUAUAACAAAGAUUCAGGCUUCUGGUCUGGAGCUUCUCCGGGUUCUAAACUCUUUGCGUGAAUACCUCCCUGGUGAUUUGAGUUCAGCUUCUCUUGAGCACUGUAUUCAGAAACUCAGGUGUAUAGGAUGUGAGCAGACAUCAGUUAUCAUAAAACAAGCUAUUAAAGAUCAAGUGGACAAAGCUGUACCAAGCUCAGAGAGCCUGGUUAAGGUUGCAGACUCCUUAAGCUUGACGUCAAACCAAGAACUUCUAAUGGAGGCUGUGGCUCUUGAAAAGGUCAAAGCAAAGGCUGAACAAAUUGAAAAGGAUGGAGAGGUUGAGGACAUAGAUCACAUGAUUGCUCUUGUCAUCCAUAUGCAUGACCGCCUAGUAAAAAUAAAACAGUCGCAGAGCACUAACCCUGUCCCCAUCCCUGCUGAUUUCUGCUGUCCUCUUUCUCUUGAGCUGAUGACAGAUCCUGUGAUUGUGGCCUCUGGACAAACCUAUGAGCGAGCUUUCAUCAGGAAGUGGCUUGAUCUUGGUCUUAUUGUAUGUCCCAAAACCCGCCAGACUUUGGCCCAUAUUAACCUAAUCCCCAAUUAUACUGUCAAAGCUCUAAUUGCAAAUUGGUGCGAGUCAAACAAUGUGAAACUGCCUGACCCUGUGAAGUCAAUGAGCUUAAACCAACCCUCAACUCUACUUGCCCAUGCUGAUUCAGGUGCCAGGGACUCACAAAUCCCACCACAUUCAGUUCAUUCUCCCACCAGGAGCAACCAUGCAAGGUCGCAAGAGUCAACUAGGUCCAUGGGUUCACCAAAUAAGAGCUUUUUAUCAUCUAAUGGACCCCAUAUAGAGGGAACUUCUCCUUCACAUCCCCGUUCAGCAUCUGAAGGUGGAAUUGGAAAUGGACUUGCACUGGAUGUUGGCAGAAUAUCACUAAUGAGAUCUGAAGAUAGGGGGGACAAUUUAGGAGAGAGAAAUCAUGCUUUAGGUGCUCAACCUUUGGUGGCAUCAAGAAAAGAAUUUCCUGAAGCAAGUGGUUCAGGCGAACAGCUUCAGGGUCAUAAUCGUAGUGCUUCUGUAUCAAGCACAGUUUCUAGUGCAGAUUGUCCCCAAGGAACACCAAAGGAUACCAAUGAGGUAUCACGGUUAUCCAGUGAUAUGGCCCAUUACAGUAGUGAUAAUUCUGGAGAGGUGACAUCUGAGCCCCCAGGUCCAGCUACGUCAGCACCACAUAGAGAACCUGAGUUUUCACCACGGUUUGAGAUACGAUCUAGAAGCCAAACAAUUUGGCGUCGACCAUCUGAGAGAUUUGUUCCGAGAAUAGUCUCUUCACCGGCUAUUGACACAAGGUCUGAUCUAUCGGGUAUUGAAACCCAAGUUCGGAGGUUGGUUGAGGACUUGAACAGUAGUUCUGUUGAUGUGCAAAGAGUUGCCACAGCUGAACUUCGCCUUCUUGCUAAGCACAAUAUGGAUAAUCGAAUCAUAAUUGCAAACUGUGGGGCCAUAAGCUUGUUGGUUGGUUUGCUUCACUCAACAGACACAAUGAUACAAGAGAAUGCUGUUACAGCACUUCUCAACUUAUCAAUCAAUGAUAAUAACAAAACUUUAAUUGCAAAUGCUGAAGCAAUUAAUCCCCUCAUUCAUGUGCUUCAGACAGGAACCCCCGAGGCAAAAGAGAACUCAGCUGCAACUCUUUUUAGCCUUUCAGUCAUUGAGGAGAACAAGGUCAGUAUUGGUCGAUCUGGGGCAGUUAGACCUCUGGUGGAAUUACUGGGCAAUGGAACACCUCGGGGGAAGAAAGAUGCUGCUACUGCUUUAUUUAAUUUGUCUAUAUUUCAUGAGAACAAGACCCGGAUUGUGCAGGCUGGUGCAGUGAGGUACCUCGUUGAGUUGAUGGACCCAGCAGCUGGGAUGGUUGAUAAGGCAGUCGCUGUUUUGGCAAACCUUGCAACAAUUCCAGAGGGGCGGACUACAAUUGGUCAGGAGGGAGGGAUCCCUGUCCUUGUUGAAGUGGUUGAACUGGGGUCAGCAAGGGGGAAGGAAAAUGCAGCUGCAGCACUGCUGCAGCUCUGCACCAGCAGUAAUAGAUUUUCUAAUAUGGUGCUUCAAGAAGGAGCUGUUCCACCAUUGGUGGCACUGUCACAGUCGGGCACACCACGUGCCAAAGAAAAGGCACAACAGCUUCUUAGUCACUUCAGAAGUCAGAGACAUGGUAAUGCAGGAAGGUCCUGAUCUUUAGUGUGCAUUCAGACUUUAAGUUCCAAGACUAGUGGUGACACAAUUGUGUGAGGUAAAGUUUUAUAUGGUGCGUGACUUCCAACGUGGCAAAUAAUGCAAAUUUUAUAUGCUCUUGGGAUGUUGCUUGCUUGUAAAAAAAAAAGGUUUGUGUAUGAGUGGACGAUUGAGGUUCUCUCAUGAGUUUGUAUAUGCAUAUUAUUAGCACAUUAAAUUUUAUAUCAGGCAGUCAAUGUUUCCAGCCUCUGUAUUGU